AUGAAGGACUUGAUCGGUGCUCCGAAAGCAACUAACGAGAAGGUGGAAGAACAAAACAACAAGAUGAGUUCGCAAUGGGAUUCCAUGACUACUUGUUUGGAUGGCUUGACUCACAAGCUGGAGCAAAGUACAAAGAGCACUCAAGCUACCCUCCAGGAUUUGGAAGCUAAGAUCGAAAGGCUAGGGAACCCAAAUAGGCAGUCGGGUACUCUACCGAGCAAUACUCAACCGAACCCUAAGCCACAACAGAUAACCAAAGAUCGGGACCGAAGUACACCCCUCCCAAUGCUCGAAAUGAGCAUAUCUAUGCCAUCACAACCCGAUCAGGUACAUGAAGAAGAGGAGGAUUUUGCUGAAGAAGUAAAGAUGGAGCCGAACCCAGCCGUGCAGACACCGGCCGUUCCAUCAAAACAGGCUGACAAACCUGAAGUAAAGUCGUACAAGCCCAAAAUCCCAUUUCCUCAGAGAUUGGUGAAACAGAAACUAAAACAACAAAUGGAGAUUUUUAUGCCAGGUUAUGCAAAGUGUUUGAGGCAAAUCUUGAUGAAUAAGAAAAAUCUGGCGGGGGUGACAACUACAGUGCUUGAGGAUGUUUGUUCAACAACAGUGACAAGUAAGUUACACGAGAAACGCGGGGAUCCAGGUAUUUUUACCAUACCUUGUAAGAUUGGUAAUUUAUCUGUGAAAAGAGCCUUAAACGAUUCAGGAGCAAGUAUUAAUCUAAUGCCUUCAUCGAUUUAUUCUAAACUAAAUUUAGGAGAACCGAAACCGAUUAAAAUGAAAGUCCAUUUGGCCGAUAAAUCUGAAAUUAGACCAAUGGGAAUUCUAGAAGAUGUGUUAGUUAUGAUGGGCGGUUUGGUUUUUCCAGUAGAUUUUGUGAUUAUUGAAGCAGAUGAAGCAUUAGAUGUGCCUCUUAUCUUAGGGAGACCAUUCCUUGCCACGACCGAUGCUAAACUUGAGGUCGGUUGUGGAAAACUUACUUUGAGAGCAGGAAAUGAGUCGGUGAUAUUUACAAACACCUGUUCUGUUUCCUUACCUAAUGUUGCUAACUCAGUUGAAACCGCUUGUGUUAGUUCUUUGGAUUCGCAGGUUGAUGAAUGGUUAGAUAAGAAGCUUGAGAAAAAAGAGGUUGAGUUGAAGAAGACAGCAGAGCCAUUUUCUAACUUAACGGAUGGCCCGAGUACUAAGAUCCGUAAACUUUAUCUGCUGUUUCUCAUGGUAAUGUGA